ACAAAACCAAUGGGCAAUAAUGAAGCUGCUACCUAAAGUUUACAAAGAGUUACAACGAGUUCAGUGAUUUAACGUAAAGGUGACAACUCUCAAAAUGAAUACGAGCGGCACAGAAGAAGUCCGUUUUGACCCAAAAGAGCACCAGCACUUGCGUUACAACCCUCUGCGGGACAGCUGGGUCCUGGUGUCGGCCCACCGCAUGAAGAGACCAUGGGCGGGUCAGGUAGAAAAACCCCCCGAGGAGCACAUUCCCAGAUUUGACCCCCACAACCCACUCUGUCCUGGAAACACACGCGCAAAUGGAGAGGUAAAUCCAGACUAUGACAGCACUUUUGAAUUUGAAAACGACUUCCCUGCUCUCCAGCCUCAUGCUCCAGAUCCAGGUUCGUGUCCACACCCUUUAUUCCAGUCUAAAGCUGCCAGGGGUGUUUGUAAGGUCAUGUGUUUCCAUCCCUGGUCUGAUGUCACCCUCCCUCUCAUGAAAAAAGACGAGGUUGUCAAAGUGAUCGACAAGUGGACAGAGCUUGUUGAGGAACUUGGCUCGACGUACCCCUGGGUUCAGAUUUUUGAGAAUAAAGGAGCCAUGAUGGGUUGUUCCAAUCCACAUCCUCACUGCCAGGUGUGGGCCAGCAACUUCCUGCCUAAUGAGCCAGCUCUGUCGGACCGCUGUCAGAGAGCGUACUAUCAGAAACACGGAGAGCCGCUGCUGCUGCAAUACGCCAAACAAGAGGCUGAGAGGAAGGAGCGUGUGGUGGUGGAGAGCUCUGAUUGGCUGGCAGUGGUUCCAUAUUGGGCAACGUGGCCCUACCAGACACUGCUGUUACCAAGACGACACAUCCUCAGAAUCAGUGACCUGACAGCAGAUGAGAAGGAGGGUCUGGCUGACAUCAUGAAGCGACUGCUGACCAAAUACGACAAUCUCUUUGAAGUCUCUUUCCCUUACUCCAUGGGCUGGCACGGAGCCCCCACUGGCCCCCACUUAAAGGACGACAACUCCCACUGGCAGCUGCACGCUCACUACUACCCUCCUCUGCUGCGCUCGGCGUCGGUGAAGAAGUUCAUGGUCGGGUACGAGAUGCUCGCCCUGGAGCAGAGAGACCUCACUCCUGAACAGGCUGCGGAGAAGCUUAGAAACCUGCCUGACGAGCAUUAUAAAACCAGAGGGAAGCAGGAAAAAGGAGGAGAAGAUAAAAAAGGAAUGAAGUGAACAGCGAAAACAGGCAAAUACACAAAUAAUAAACUCAAAUGAUCACUUUUAAUCAGCAGUAUGACGUCAGGGUAUGUCAUGAUUCAUGAUUUUCUUUUGUCUUCGACAGAUAUUUUUGCCAACAAAGGCCUGAAACGUAUUCACACUUACAUAUUUUUUUCCGCUCAAGUGAAUCUCAGCCCAUUGUUUCUUCUCUGUGUGCACAGAGCUGAUACUGGGCUCCUCGCACUAAUUAUGAAAUUGAUCCUCUCCUCCGUGUUAUGGUUUGAUAACGAGCAAAGGGUUUUUUUUUUGUUUUUCUCCCUUGCUUCUACAUUGGCAAAGCCUUCAACCACAAAAAGCUUUUUACACACUUGUGAUUCUAAUGUAAGCCUUUGUUCCCUCUAAAUGUUUUGAAUUAUUAACGACCCGCUUCACAGAUUGUGUAAAGUUUAAUACCUUGAAAGAAUGAACAUUUCUAUACAUGCCGGGGUUUUUGAACAUGAAAAAUACACUUGUCAGGGUUUGAAAUGAUUAAAACAUAAAAAAUAAAUGUAAAAUUCAA